AUGAAUGCCAUUCGUCUUUUCCUUCUGCUUUCCAUACUAGAGCUCUACAGUUGUGGAAAUGUUGGAAACAACUCUAUUUGUACUGCAAAUGAUAUAGACGAUCAAUUUUUAGAAGAAAGUCUUCCGCUUCAGCGUACUCCGGUUACAAUGGAUCUAUACGAUCCAAACGAGGAGCUCUUUGAAAUUGGUGAAUAUAUAAUAAACGGAAUCUAUUCCGGGGUUAUAUACCCAAAGGAAGAUUAUGUUGUAACAACGGUAGUAUACGAUGGUAAUAUUCUCUGGACAGCAACUCAAGGAUGGGAAUGUGUGUACGCAGAUGUAUAUUCGAAUGUAAACACGGUGCUCUGUAUGAUGUCGCUUAAAUGCGGAGAAGAAUUGAUGUACAAAGCACUUUGUGGACGAGUAGGCAGAGAAUUGCAUCAUAUUGAAAGGGUAGAGGCUCAUAGAAUCGUAUUUCGUAUGAAAAAUAGACUUCCUAUCUGA